AUGGCGAUGGAUGUGGCGGAGGCGGGGACGGCGGCGGCGGCGGCGUCUCAGCUACUGCGGCGGCUCAGCAAGGCUCAGCGGCUCAGAAGCUCAGGUUCCAGAACUCUCAUUUUACACCUACUGCCAGAUAUCAUUACAAAAGGUUGUCGGUUUCAUCUGGGACAGGCAUGGUGGCGAAAAGUACAGAAUCUUGGUUUAAGUGAUGAUUUCUCAGAAAUAGGACAGUUUUUAAAGAAUAUAUUUGGAUUACCCAUGCUGAAUGAAGACGAUGUUGAAAUAAGUUUUACUGUCGAUUUUAUGUCUAUCAAGCCUAAUGAUGAAAAACUAAAUCAGUUUAUGGAUUAUCUCUUAGAUAUUAUUGGAAGACAGUUGAAAAAGCAAGAACCUAACCUAACUGUGUUACGGUUAUCUAUUACACCUGAAGAAAGACUAACUGUUAGGUACAUUAAGUCUUGGGCUCUACGUUCACGGCCAGAACUGAAUUUUGGAGCAGUUCCUUCUAUUUUUGAAACUUCACCCAGUCACACCUCAAAAUUAUCAUCAAAUGUAGCUUUGUGUAGAUAUCCAGAAGAAAAUGUUGAAAUUGUUAUUCCUACAAUCGAUUUGCCUGUUGGUUGGACAUAUCAUUUAGAACAUAAUGUUGUGGCAUUUUGUUUUUUAAAAUCAUAUAUGAGUGAAAAUCUUUUGAUGAUGAUUGAAAAACAAAUUUUGGUUAAGAUUGAUUUAAGUGUAAAAUAUUACUUCACUAAUAGAGAACUAGACCUAUCACAUUUCACUUUCUUAACCAAACAUUUUCCAACAAACAAAUCAGACAUUGAGCACUCUAUAUUAAAAUUUAGCCAAAUGUCAACAUGCAUUGGUGGACCAUCAAUUGACAAUUGUCCAGGAAUUAGAAUAAAAUACGCAACAUUAGAUCCAGACAAUGUCUGGCGUAGUCUUAAAUGUGAACUCCAUACUGAUAAUAUGUUUAAGCAAAGAUGCAAAUGGUGUGUACGGCUAAUGAAUAUUUCAAGAGCUAUGAAAUCUAAUAUUCAAUUAUCGCUGAAAUUAAACAGAAAAAAAAGAUUAGGUCCAACAUUAACACCUACAAGAACUGAGACUCUUAAACACUUAUUUAAAACUAAACAUAACAUACAGAAAUCUAAUUUGAGGUCAACAUGUACUUACAAGUUUUUACUCGACCAGCAGAUAUUACCAUUACCAUGCCCAAAAACAAUUAGAAGAUAUCUGUCUUUAAUAAGUCCUGAAAAAAAUUAUGUAAGUUGGUACCAUUAUAUUGAAUUACAUAAUUAUGACAAAAAUCUUCCAGCUAUCAAGAGAGUAUGUCCUAAAUUAACAGAUAGACAUCUAUUACUUGAUAGUUUAUCAAAAAUGUCUGUAAAAUUAGCCACCCAGGUAUUCAGCGACUCAGUUUCUGACGGACUUAAGUUUUAUAGGGAGCAUCAAAAGAUAACUUGUCUUCAAGGAAGUCAAGAAACUGAGCAGUUCACCAGAAAAAUAAAUAGAGCAUUUGAUGCCUUAAACAGAAAGUAUCCGGCUGAAGGGAUCAGGAAAAAUAGUGCUGAUAUUGAGGUAUUAAAAGAAACUUUGAUAUGGAUUGAUGACUGGGAACAAUGUGUAAUCGAUGGUAAAAUUACUAAUGAAGAAUUUUUAACCAAAACUACAGUAGAAGGUAUUAGAGUUUCAAUUUCUUCUACUAUAGACCUAACACAAUAUUUGUUAAAUGAAUGUGAGUUUAAGUAUGUUCUUAGCAACAAAAUGAAUCAGGAUCGAAUUGAAAUAUUCUUUGGUAUGAUACGACAGGCAAUCGGGCCUAAUGACCAUCCGUCAGCUCCUACGUUUUUGCAGGUUUAUAGAAUGUUAUCUACCUAUUCAAUCCUGAAACCCCCAAAAACUGGUAAUUGUAAGAUUCUUCAUUCAACAUGCCCCAAAAUAAGUAUAUCUGAUAUAAAGGAUAUAUUUCAAAGUGAAGAAAGCGAAAGAAUAAUUAAAAUUAAAGAUUUAAAAACUAAACUAGACACUCUUGUAGAAGAAGGAAAUUAUGAGGCAGAAGAUAUAUUUAGAGAUCAUGAUUAUUCAUUAGUACCAGCUAAAGACUGUGUUACAUACUAUAUAUGUGGAUAUUUUUGUCGUGUGUUCAAAAAACGUACUGCUUGUGAUACUUGUCUUUUAGCUUUUAGUGAAGGUAAUGCAUCUCACGCUCAAGCAACAUUAACGAACAUAAAAUCAAGAGGAAAUUUAGUUCAUCCAAACUCAACAAUUUAUACACUCAUUUCAAAUUUAGAAAAGUCAUUUGAAAACCACUGUGGGAGUCCAAGUACCUUUGAUGAUACUGUUAAUGAUUUUUUGGAAAAUAAUAACAAUCUCUACUUUCCAUGUAAUGAACAUAAAAGUGAUAUUAUGAGUUCUAUAAUUGUAUAUUAUGUGACCAUGAGAAUGAGACAAUAUUCUUGUAUGCAUAAUAGAGAACAGCAACAUAAAAGCUCUAAAAAAAAAAAGUUAUCCAAAUUGGUAACAAAUUAAUUGUAAAUUAAAUUAGUUAUACAAUAAAUUAAUAAAAAUAUAAAAUAAAUUUGAAAAAAAUUAAUAACCAUUGUCAAUUUAAUAUUUAUAUAAUAAUAUUACCUACCUUCAAAUUUCAAUCUUCAUCACAAAUAUAUAUUUUAGAUAUUUAUAACCAUGCAAUAUUAAAUUGUACGUAUUAUUUUUUUUUUUAUUGUACGUAUAUGUAAUGCAACGGUAGUGUGUAUUAAAAUUCAGAUGAUUUAGUAAACCGACACAGUGCGCCACAAACACCAAGGUACACUUCAGCAAGAGUACCCGACCGCAAUAUCUAGAGUCG